AUGCCUGCGGUGGGGCUGGCGAUCCCCUUUGGGUACGACACAGCAGAUAUUACUCCAGACGACGACCCAGACAAAUAUAACACGGUAACCGCUGCGGAGGAUAAGCCCACAGCGUCUGUCGGGCGACGAGUUACGAAGGUCAACAACUGGGAGCAGAUUCAGAGAGUCUGGCCUACUCAGCCCUCUGGCAAGCCCAGCGAAGAAGCUGCUCUUGGCCGUUUAUUUGGCAAGAAACCAAAGGGCGACGGAGAUCCAUUGUCAAAUGGUCAAGCAAAGGGCCGGGCAAACCAUAAGCAUCACAAGAGUGAUCCCUCGGCAUUAUCGAACGCGGCAGAUAAGCCAAUCUCACCCCAGUGA